AUGAAUGGCGGGUUUGGGAUCGUUUACAAGGGCCAGUUAGACAUUGGCACAAAAAUAGCAGUCAAAAGAAUGGAAUCUGUUGUGAUUUGCAUCAAAGCAUUAGAUGAAUUUGAAUUAGAAAUUUCAGUUUUAACAAAGGUUAGACACCGACAUUUGGUUUUACUUUUAGGGUAUUCAACUCAAGGGCUCAAAAUAAUUCUUGUUUAUGAAUAUAUGCCUCAAGGUGAAUUAAGUAGGCAUCUAUUUCAUUGGGAAAAAUUCAAAUUGGAACCACUUUCUUGGAAAAGGAGGUUAAGUAUUGCAUUGGAUGUAGCUAGAGGUAUGGAAUAUCUUCACUCUUUGGCUCAUCAGAGCUUUAUACACCGGGAUCUUAAAUCCGCAACAGAUCUUAAAUCGUCCAAUAUUUUACUUAACGAUGAUUUUCGAGCCAAAGUUUCGGACUUUGGACUGGUGAAACUCGUCCCGGAUGGUGGGAAUUCAAUAAUGACUCAGGUAGCUGGGACGUGUGGAUACGUUGCCCCUAAAUAUGCUAAUAACUAUCUUUUUUCUUUAUAUAUAUAUAUAUUGUUUCAAUCAAAUUCAUCGAAAAUUCCUCCUAAACCUAGUUCACCCUCGGGUUCCCAGCCCGACAGCAGCAACCAACUUUCACCUGGGAAUACUACUAGUACUGGUGAUUCGGGCAUUGGUGGUGUUCCCUCUAUACAGCUAAAGAAACCAAAUGUGGUUCCGUCACUCACUCCUGUUGUGGCUUUUGCUGGUUUAGCGCUUUUAACCGUCCCUUUAGGUCUCUACUUAUGCAAAUUGAAGAAAGCUAACUCAAGUGAACCACCGAGCUCACUUGUUAUUCACCCCUGGACCUGUUUAACUCGGAUAACAUAG